GCGUUCUCGCAGCAGAAGAACAACGACGCCGAAUUCGUGGAUCCCGAUUCUCAAGCGAUCGUUCCGGUGCCGGAGAACCAGUUGUCCGCCGCCGUGGCGCCGCCGAAGCGGAAGUAUCAGCAGCGAUCGUCGGAGCUAGUUCGGGUUAUGGAUUUGGGGGUUGAGGACCAGAGGUACUUCCGAGACGUGGUGAGGAAAACGAGAAUGAUAUACGAUUCGCUUCGUGUUUUUGCAAUGGCUGAGGAUGAAAAGCGUCGAGCUUUAGGGCUCACGAGACGGGCUCGCGGCGAUUUGAAGGCCUCGGCGGUCCUCAGAGACCGUGGAAUGUGGCUUAAUCGCGAUAAGCGAAUCGUGGGUUCGAUCCCUGGGGUUUACAUUGGUGAUUUAUUCUUCUUUAGAAUGGAAUUGUGUGUUGUUGGCUUGCAUGGACAACCUCAGGCUGGAAUUGAUUACGUCCCGGCGAGUCACAGCUCGAAUAAGGAGCCAAUUGCGACCAGUAUUAUUGUCUCUGGUGGGUACGAAGACGAUGAAGAUGCCGGGGAUGUGAUCAUAUAUACGGGUCACGGUGGGCAGGACAAGCAUUCGAGGCAAUGUGUUCAUCAGAAAUUGGAAGGUGGGAACCUUGCAUUGGAGCGAAGCAUGCAUUAUGGUAUCGAAGUGAGGGUGAUUCGGGGUUUUAAAUAUGAGGGCAGUGCCAGUGGUAAGGUUUAUGUUUAUGAUGGGUUAUAUAAAAUUAUUGAUUCAUGGUUUGAUGUGGGUAAGUCUGGUUUUGGAGUAUAUAAGUAUAAAAUCAUAAGAAUGGCUGAUCAACCUGCAAUGGGUAGUGCUAUUCUGAGGUUUGCUCAGAACCUGAGGACUAAUCCAUUGUCCGUCAGACCGGUGGGUUACGUUAGUCUGGAUAUUUCAAUGAAGAAGGAAAAUGUCCCGGUUCUGUUGUAUAACGAUAUAGAUAGUAACCAUGAUCCAAUGUAUUAUGAGUAUAUUGUGACAACUGUAUUUCCUCCUUAUGCGUAUCAUGGAGGAAGCAGUAAUGGGUGUGAUUGUGUUUCUCUAUGUAUGGAUGAUUGUGCCUGCGCUAUGAAAAAUGGGGGUGAGUUCGCUUAUGAUCAAAAUGGGCUUCUCGUGAGAGGCAAACCAUUGGUAUUUGAAUGUGGGACUGGUUGUCGUUGUCCCCCUUCUUGCCGGAAUCGUGUGAGCCAAAAGGGGGUGAGGAAUAGAUUUGAAGUGUUUAGGUCAAGGGAAACUGGUUGGGGGGUUAGGUCACUUGACUUGAUUCAAGCUGGUUCUUUUAUUUGUGAGUAUGCUGGAAUUGUUCUCACUAGAGAGCAAUCCCAAAUUUUUACAAUGAAUGGAGAUAGUUUGGUGUAUCCAAAUCGGUUUGCUGAAAGAUGGUCUGAAUGGGGGGAUUUAUCGCAAAUAUUUACUGAUUAUGUGCGUCCGUCAUAUCCAUCAAUUCCUCCCUUGGAUUUUGCAAUGGAUGUAUCAAGAAUGAGGAAUGUUGCUUGUUACAUGAGCCACAGUUCGAGUCCUAAUGUUCUGGUGCAGUUUGUGCUAUAUGACCACAAUAGUGUAAUAUUCCCUCACCUUAUGCUAUUUGCAAUGGAGAACAUCCCUCCUUUGAGAGAGCUGAGCCUUGAUUAUGGGGUGGCUGAUGAAUGGACAGGGAAGCUUCGUAUUUGUAACUAGCCAAGUUUCAAGGAGUUGGUGGUUUUUUAAUUUGUGGUGCAAUUCAGUGUGUUGGGAAUGGGAUGCACUGAGGAUGAUUACCUAGAUGUAUGAACUUUGUAACUAGGCCAAGAAGGAGGGUUGAGUGAGGUGCUUAGCAUAGUGCUGAUUGGAGUUUCAAGAAUAAUCCAACUUGAAGGAGCCAUGAAAGGUCCAGGGGAUCAGUAAAGAUGGGAAUGGGACAAUCCUUUGUUGGCAGCUGUUGCAACCCAGUCAUUGCCAACCAAGUUUUACUUUUCCUGUAUGCUGCUAUGGCUUUAUCUUCUAUUUUCCGGUCUUUUCCAUGUGUUGGAUUAAGAGGGGAAACAAAAUGAUCGGAACUGAAAGAGCUUCCUCAGUUAAGUUGUUGCAGCAGUGAUUUUUCCGGAUGUAAUCUCUUACCAUGCUUCGGAAGGAAACUCUGCACCAACAAAUCUCACCAGCUACCUAUGAGGUUUUUGAGCUUGUUUGAAUGACUUUAUGAACUCUUUGUACUUCUAGUUUUGUAUAUAUGAAAUCCAUCCUGUUUGGAUGAAGUAUGUACAGGAAUUGAAUCAUCUGAAUGCAAUCUGGUUCUUCUAA